AUGGAUUAAUAAUAAAAGAAACCUGGCUUCUGGUAAAAUAUUAAGCAAGGAAGCUAUAUAACAGGAAUUGUAGCAGGAACAGGCACUGUUGUUACUAAAGCAGGAUUGGCAAUUUACGGCUUCUCUUCAAUUGGGCCAGUUGCAGGAAGUAUGGCUGCAGCUGCCUAAGCCAGUGUUGGAAAUGUAGCAGCAGGAAGUUUAUUUGCUUUAGCUUAAGGAACAGCAAUGGCAGGAAUAGGAACCAUUGCUUUACCAGCUGUUGGAGUAGGCGCAGUAAUAGGAAGUGGAUUUGUUGCCUAUAAACAUUUUAAAAAAUGAU